CGCGCGGCGGUGCAGCCCGCCCUGGCGCGGCGGAGCGGCCGUGACGAUGGUGGCCGGCGGGCGGGCGCGGAAGCUGGCGCGGCGGUACCGGCUGGCGGUGGCCACGGCCCUCGCCAUCCUCCUGCUCCAGGGGCUCGUUCUCUGGAGCUCCGCCGGCCUCGACGAGGAGGGACCGGCCGAGGAGCGGCAGAAAAAAGCCAGGUUGCCUGAGAGCAGCGAUGGCUCCAAGGACUCGGACAGCUCUGCCGGGCGCCGGGGCAGUGCCAGCCGGAAGCAUGGGCGGUGGCGGGGACGGCUGGAUGGCCCUGGGGCACUGGUGUCCAAAGUGGUGAGAGCUGUCACUGUGAGACACAAACCAGGACGGAGGCUACCAUCUGCACCAGACUCCUCCAGCCGGAGGAACCUGACAGAGCUGCGUGGGGAGGCCCAGCUGGCCGUUUUCCAGCAGGGUGACACAGGCAGUGUGGAGGGGGCUCCCCAGCCCACCGAGAACAGCUUCACCCCCAAGUGCGAAAUCACGGGCAAGGAUGCCCUCUCGGCGCUGGCCCGGGCCAGCAGCAAGCAAUGCCAACAGGAGAUUGCCAAUGUGGUCUGUCUGCAUCGGGCUGGCAGCCUCAUGCCCCAGUCUGUGCCUCGCCACUGCCAGCUCUCAGGCAAGGUCAGCCCUGUCAUCCAGUGGGAUGAGAGCCGACUGCAGCAGGUGCCCCCCAGCAAGCCUGUGCGCAUCGCCUACAUGCUGGUUGUGCACGGCAGGGCCAUUCGCCAGCUGAAGCGGCUCAUCAAGGCUGUGUACCACCAGCAGCACUUCUUCUACAUCCAUGUGGAUAAGCGCUCCAACUACCUCCAUCGCGAGGCGGUGGAGCUGGCGCAACACUACCCCAACAUCCGUGUGACACCCUGGCGCAUGGUGACCAUUUGGGGAGGUGCCAGCCUGCUGAAGAUGUACCUGCGUAGCAUGAAGGACCUGCUGGAACUGGCUGAAUGGCCCUGGGACUUCUUCAUCAAUUUGAGUGCCACUGACUACCCCACGAGGACCAAUGAGGAGCUCGUGAUGUUCCUGUCCAAAUACCGAGAUAAGAACUUCCUGAAGUCUCAUGGCCGAGACAACGCCAGGUUUAUCAAGAAGCAGGGCCUGGACCGCUUGUUCCAUGAGUGUGACUCCCACAUGUGGCGGCUGGGCGAGCGCCACAUCCCUGAGGGCAUCGUGGUAGACGGAGGAUCUGACUGGUUCUCGCUGACGCGCAGCUUCGUGGAGUACGUGGUCUAUGCUGAUGACCAGCUGGUGUCCCAGCUGCGCCAGUUCUACACCUACACGCUCCUGCCAGCUGAGUCCUUCUUCCACACGGUCCUGGAGAACAGUCACGCCUGCGAGACACUGGUCGAUAACAACCUCCGAGUGACCAACUGGAACCGGAAGCUGGGCUGUAAGUGCCAAUAUAAACACAUAGUCGACUGGUGCGGGUGCUCCCCAAAUGACUUCAAACCUCAGGACUUCCUGCGGCUACAGCAACUCUCCAGACCCACCUUCUUCGCCCGCAAGUUUGAGUCAACAGUGAAUCAGGAGGUGCUGGAGAUCCUGGACACGCAUCUCUAUGGCAGCUACCCCCCCAACACACCAGCCCUGAAGGCAUACUGGGAGAAUGUCUACGACCGUGUUGAUGGGCUCAGUGGCCUCAGUGAUGUCACCCUCACCUUCUACACGGCAUUCUCCAGGCUGGGACUCCACAAAGCCACGUCUGUGCUGGCAGCGAAGGACCACAAGCUCUGCAGAUUUGAGCCCCGGGGUUUCCCAUCCAGUGUGCACUUAUAUUUCUAUGACGACCGUUUCCAGGGUUACCUGGUGAUGCAGGAAGUGCAGAAUUCAGCAACUGGGCAGGCAGAAUCCCUGGAGGUGUGGAUGAUGCCCCAAGGAGCUCUGAAGUUGGCGAGUCACGGAGGGCAGGCGAACCGCUUACAAAACCUUGAGGUGGGCACAGAGUGGGAUCCCAAGGAAAGACUCUUCCGCAAUUUUGGAGGCUUGAUGGGACCUUUUGACGAGCCAGUUGCCAUGCAGAAGUGGUCGCGGGGCCCCAACCUAACGGCUACAGUGGUGUGGAUUGACCCCACCUAUGUCAUUGCCACCUCCUACGACAUCACAGUGGAUGCUGAGGCAGAGUUCACCCAGUACAAACCCCCUCUCAAUCGUCCCCUGCGCCCCGGCAUCUGGACCGUUCGCCUCCUCCAGUUCUGGGAGCCCUUGGGGGAGAGCCAGUUCCUGGUGGUGCCCCAGACCUUCAACCGCAAGCAGCCUCUCAGGAAAGAUGACAGCAACUGGCUGCAUGGUGGCCCCCCCCGCAAUGAGUACAUGGAGCAGAGCUUCCAGGGCCUGGGGGGGAUCCUCAACCUGCCACGCUCUGAGGAGGCGGAGGAGGACGCGGUGCAGAAGGCGCAGCUGACGGGCAAGGCGCUGGAGGACUGGGCGGACAGCACCAUCAGCGCCUUCUGGUCUGUGGCGGAUGUCUGCGUCGGCAGCCCCUCCGCCUGCACCGCCCUGGAGACCUGCAGCAAAACCUCGUGGAGCUCCCUCUCCCCGGACCCCAAAUCAGAACUGGGGCCCGUCAAACCUGACGGGCGGCUGAGGUAGCAGGAGCAGCGGGGGGGGCAGCGGCCUUGGGAGCGAGGAGCAUCCUCUGCCACUGGCGUGGGGGGGUGUCUCUGGACUACAUCACCCUGUGCCAAGUGCACCGUAGUCACUUGAGGAAGAGAACGGGAACCUCCAGGCAGGGGCAACCUCCCGCUGUGGGGUAUUUUGGGCAGAGGGGGAGGUGUGAGGUCGGUCUUGCCCACCUCCCCCAGGUGUGGGCACUGUCGCUGCAGGGGCAGUGGUGUGGGCGGCUGGGAAGAGCUGCGCAUUUGUUACUCUGGGCCUUGGGAAGGGGUGAUGGGGAAGGGAGGGAGAUGGGCAGGCUCUGGACCAACUCAGCACCCUGCCCAGCCCCGGGCUGGAUCUGUGCAGGAUCAGGCCCCAUGCUGCUGGCUGCCCCCCCUGGGAAGGCUGGCAAGGGACUCGAGGGACAGGUGGAAGCAGAAUGGGUCAAAGCCUGCAGUGUGUAUGGAGCUGCUGCUGGCCCAGGGUUUGCAUCUCAUCCCCUCCACCCCAGCCCUUUAGUUUGUAUUUUUAUAAAUAUAUAUAUAUAUAAAUAUAUAUGAUGCAAAGUGCAAUAGAGACGAGACCCCGCAUUGGCCGGGAAGUCCUUGUGUCUCCAUCUCCCCUCAGACUGUAAUAUACCUUGUUCUCUUGGGUGUCCUGGUGCUACAGGACAGGGUGCUGGGUUGUUUACAUAUUUUAUUAUUAUUAUCAUCAUUGUUUUGCUGUUUCCCAUUUCCCCGUUUCCUGCUGAGGCCUCGGGCAGGGUUGCCCCAGGGUUGUGGGGUGCUGCUCCCCGCCCCCCCCCCGAGGCAGCUGCCGGAUUGUGCCAAAUACUUGGAGCUGCCGGUGCGUGUUGUGUGACAGCGAGCAGGGGAGCGCUGGGUUCAUGGUUCAAGUCCAACAAACCACUGUAGCCCCCACCCCCUCUGUCUCCACUUCAGCAAAGAGACGCCCCGGUCCCCUGCCAAAAUUCCACCCUCAGGGCUGAGGUCCUACUGCAGAGUACAGCGACUGGCCCUGCCCGGAGGGUGGCCCUGUGCCACAGCCUCGAGGCCCAGCCUUUGGCUUUUCUCCCGGGUCAGCAGAAGUUCUCGGGGUCUGCUGUGCUCCCCUGGCCAAAAAACAAAGAGGGGAGACGGGGUCUGGCCAGCUCCAUCAGUCUCCGCAGCUUCUGCUUCCCCCUCCGAGGGAAGAGCUGCCCCAUCCUCUGGGGAAGGGGCACAGCGGAGCUGGCUUGGGGCCAGCUGGUGAUGCACCUUCCUGUGAGGCUGGUGCCACACGGAGAAUCUGGGUGUGGUUUUCACCCUGGGAAGAUACUUGGUGUCUUGCCUGCAGCCUGGGGAGGGGCACUGCCCCCCGCACAGGGCAGGGGAGCUGCUGGGCACUGCGAGGCAGGGGCAGCAGGAGCCACUGGCUGGGGGCCUUGGCCCAGCGAGCUUUGCUAUCCCCAAAGAUGUGCCAUCCUCGCCUUCCUCCAGCGCCUCAGGCCUCUCCCCCCGGCGGGGCUCACCUGCCGCUUUCCCUGGUUUGAGGAUGCUGGUGCUGCAAGAGGGACGUUGCAAAACAGAGGGUGGGGGGCACCUUUGUGCGGGAGGGCAGGAACCCCCGGCACCCCGCAACCCCUCCUGUGCCCACUCCCUCGUGGGAUGCUCCAGGGGAAGAGGGGUGCGCAGGGCCUGCCCCCACCCCGCAGGGGAGGACGCCAAAACUCUGUGUUGGGAGCAUUAUGUAAAGUUGUCUUAAAUAUGCAACGUCACCGCAAAUAUAUCUCUCUUUCUCUCUCA